UUUUUACCCUACAGUGUACAUCGACUUGCCCGUCUUUCUUUACAUAACGCCCGGUAUAUUUCACAUUUUAUCUUUGGGGGCGUUGUCCUGUAUCAAAUUUUAUAACCAUAUGCCUAUUAUUCAGGUUACGUUGCAUUUGUAUUUUCACGGCAUUCGCCAUUACAUCGGUGACGAUGUUACCCACCAGUGUUGCCUUUGUAAUCCUGAGCGGUUUAAUCCAAAAUAAUGUUUGGGCGUGUACGGUCAUCAACGACUACCAACUUCACGACGAGGCCAAGCUGCACGACGACCUGCUAAGCAAUUACAAGUCGGAAUUUCGCCCAGUCAAAGACCACAAAACUACUGUCACCGUAAAGGUACGAUUUGCUCUAAAAUAUAUAAGUUUCGAUUCUCUCGAAGAAACGAUAACGCUCCAUAGCUGGCUAGCGAUAACCUGGAAGGAUGAAUUCUUGCACUGGACUCCCAGCGACUGCGGCGACAUAAAGGAAAUUCAAAUGGAGAGUCACGAAAUUUGGACGCCGCGUCUGUCUCUCUUCAACGCAGAUCCUACUGCAUACCAAAGUGACACCAUCUACUCAACGUGCCUGGUGAACAGCGACGGUACAGUGACUUGUGUUCCCCAUCUCUCACAUACUGGAAUUUGCCGCACGCAGCUGCGAAACUGGCCCUACGAUGUUCAAGUCUGCUCCCUGUUCUUCGGCGCCUGGAUGCACACCGGGGAACAAAUCAAUUUCACGUUUUACAAGACGAAACCGGUUGUUCUCGACGACUACCAAAAUGGCCCCGGAUGGAAACUGUUGAACGUGUCUAACGAGCGUCUCCCGGGAUACUACGGCUGCUGCCCCAAUAGCACGUACCCCAUGCUCAAGUAUACGUUCAGGAUGGAGCGGGAGGCGGCCGGCCCAGCGGCAAUCGUCAUCAUUCCUUCGAUAGUCAUCAUUUUGCUGACCCUAUCGUCCCUACUAUUGGACAUAAAGGACAACACGAGAUUAUGUCUCGCUUGCUUCAGUCUCUUCUCGCACUUCAUAUUCCUGACCGAGAUCGGCUACGACAUCCCGAAGCACAGCGCCGAUACUCCGAUAAUAUUGCUGUUUAUCAGAGACUCUAUGAUCAUAACUUUGACGGCCAUACUUGAAACCCUGUUCCUGAUGUAUUUGAGAUCUCGGACAGUUCCGGCUUACACUUGGGUUGUUUCUUUGAACCGGUUGGUGAGCAACGGCCCAGGGAAAUACGUAGUUUUUACAGAAUUUGAUCCUAGCGACGUAACUGAUCGUAAAUCGCUUUCAGAGGACAUAGCAGGCACCGUAGCAAAUGAGGAUCGCAAUCGUGUCACUUCUGACUGGAUUCAAUUUGCUAACAUUUUAAAUACUUGCAUAUUUAUCAUCUCAUUUAUUGUUUACUUGAUUUUGGUUUGUGUUUAUAUUCCUAAAGAUUCUUGAAUGAUUUAUGAUGAAGCCAGUAUUGAUAGAUACAGUGUAACUAAGCUGAUAAGACCUAUUCUUUAUUAACUGUUUGUAAGCCUAUUUUAUUUUCGUUUAGUCCAUGCAAUCAAAAGUCCAGCUUAUUAAAAUGGUUUAAUAUAAGUAUAAAAAAUGUGCUAAUACAAGUGUAGAAUCAAAUUAGGACAAUGAUUUAUGGGUGAUGCCUGACGGACAGAUUGACCAGAAAAGGUCUCCGCCCACUUUGAUAACUAUAUGUGGAUGCUGGUUUUUUAUUUAUUUAUAGGUAGGUCAACUACAUCUGUUCGAAAUGAUUGAGUAAUAUUAAAAUUAUAUCUACCUGUAAGUUUCA